AUGAAGUAUACAAGAAUUAAAGAAUCUUUGAAAAUAGAAGAACCAAAUAUUAGUAAUAAAGAUGAAGAUAAGGAUACAAAAAUAAGUUGUAAUUGUUCUAUUAUUAGAACAAUUUCGGAAAUAAUAAAUACUAAUAAUGGUAAUAAUAAUUAUUCUCUCCGUCCUUCUAUAUUAGUAUCUUUAUGUUCAGCAUUUUCCCCCUCACAAAGAGGAUUAGUUGAGUCAGUAACUGAUAUCUUAUUUUCUGAAUUUUUAACUAAAUCUAAAAUAUCAUCAGAAGAUGCAUCAUAUAAUCUAUGUAUUCAAAGUAUGUAUUCAGUAUUAUUAUUGACAAUAUGCCAUGUACAUAAUUUAGCAGAACAUGAAGAAGAAUGGUUUGUUGAAUUUCUUAAAAAUAGAAAAUUUCCGAUAUUAACACCAUCUGGAUUUAAGUCUGAAAUAUUAUUAAAUUUAUUCAAUGCAUUGUCCUGUUUUGGAUCUUCAUUAAAAAGACGACCUUCUAAUAUGCAAAGAUUAGAAGUAACAUUAUUAAGGCUUGGAAUAUCUUUUUAUAUUUCAUUAUACACUAUAAUGGAUCAUUCAUUUUCAACAAAUCGUUUUGUAAGGGCAUUAAUUGUAGGAGUAUAUAGUUGGAUUCAUGGUACAACAUCAAGAAGUUUCACAUCUAAUUUAGUAUUAAAUCAAAGAGGUCUUUUUAAUAAUACAAAUACUAAAAUAAUAAAAUCUAAAGAAGUAGUUCAAGAUCACAUUGUGAGAAAUCUUAUAUCUUUAUUUGAUGACUUUUCAAUUCAACUAAUAUUUGUUUAUGGUUAUAGACCACAUAGUGUUACUUGGGCAGACAUAGAUUUAUAUAUAAAGAGCACAAAUGAUCCCAUUUUAGAAAAUAUAUUUAUAUUAACAACAAGUGACAAAUUUUUUUUAAAUAUUACACCUUCAAUAUGCUCAUCAUAUUGUAAUUAUUGUAAUCAUAUGAAGGAUGAUUUUACAAUAUUAUCAAAUACUCAAUCAAGUAUUAUUAAAUAUAAUACUAGUAGUACUAGUAGUAGUAUUACUAACUUAUCUGAUGAUUGCAAUACAAUACCAAUAGUAUCUACCAAUUCUGUUAGUAAUUCUUAUGUUGAAGACAUAGUUUCACAAUCUGGGCUUACUGAAUUAGAAUAUGAUGAUGAACUAGAUUGUGAUGAAUUAUUUCACUUUAAGAAUAAUAUUGUUGCACCUACUAAGAAUACUAAUUUAUCAAUAUCAUCAAAAUUACAUGGUAUUCCAGUAUCCAAUUCAGAUAAAUUAUUUAAUUUUAAUAGGAUUAACAAUAAAGUACUAAAUAAUGGGAGAAAUAUACUAAAAAAUAGUGUAAAGUUUGGUAUUAAUUUAGGUAUUAAGAAGCAUUCAUCCUGGUCCCAAUUUAUCCACAUGUUUGGAAAUUGUAAUAUUAAAAGUGAUAUAGAUAGUUGUAUAGAUAUAAGUGACAAGUCUAGUAAUCAAGACUCUCAUAAAAAAGAUCACCUUACAAAGUAUUUAGUGGGGAAAGAUAUCUAUGAAUGUGAAGAUUGUGAAGAUCCAUUAAAUGUAUUGUAA